GCCUCGCUGCUGGCCAUGCUGGACCGCGAGCGCGGCUGGAGCGUUUCUUUUGCCGGCUGCGGCUUCCUGGGCGUUUACCACAUCGGUGCGGCCACCUGCCUGCAGGAGCACGCCCCGCACAUCAUCCGCGACGCCCGGCACAUCUACGGCGCCUCGGCCGGGGCGCUGGCCGGCGCCGUGCUCGUCGGAGGCGGCUCGCUGGCUGAAGCAUGUGCGGAUGUUCUAGCGUUAGCCAAAGAAGCUAGAAAGCGGAAUCUUGGUCCUCUUCACCCUUCAUUUAAUGUGAUAAAGAUAAUAAGAGAUGGCUUGAUGAGAAAUCUGCCAGAAAACACUCACCUGUUGUCAUCGGGCAGAUUGUGCAUUUCGCUAACUAGAGUCUCAGAUGGCAAAAACACACUGAUAUCUAAUUUUAAUUCUAAAGAAGAAGUAGUCCAGGCAUUGAUCUGUAGUUCAUUUGUCCCAAUUUAUUGUGGCCUAAUUCCGCCAUCAUUUAGAGGUGUGCGCUAUGUGGAUGGAGGAAUCAGCGACAACUUGCCUCAGUAUGAAUCUAAGAAUACCAUCACUGUUUCACCUUUUGCUGGGGAGUGUGAUAUCUGUCCAAAGGGGAAUUCUGCCAACUUUCAUGAAAUGAAUGUGACUAACACCAGCAUUCAGCUCAGUUUGGGGAACCUUUAUCGUUUAACACAAGCACUCUUUCCACCAGAACCUAAGGUACUAGGAGAGAUCUGUGAGCAAGGGUAUUCAGAUGCUUUUAAAUUCUUGAAAGAGAAUGGUAUUCUGAAUGACUCAAUUUAUGUCAGCUUGUCCUUCACAAAAACAAAUCCUCAUGAAGCUGCACAACACAUUGACUAUAUGAAGAAAAAUAAGUCUGAAAACAAUAGAAUAGAAACUUCUCAAGUGGAAGUACUUGGUGACCAGUUGAAGCAAAAUCCGUGGCCUCUGGAGAAGAGCAUAUUUGAGAGUUUACCUCCUAGGCUUCGUAAAGCGCUUCAGGAAGCUUGUAAAGAACCAAAUGGAUUCUAUGCUCAGUUCUCUAAACUCUUCCCUAUGCGGGUGAUAUCCUAUCUGAUGCUACCGUAUACAUUACCUGUGGAGUCUGCUUAUUCUGCUGCUUUACGGUUAGUAAACUGGUUUCCUGACAUGCCUGCUGAUGUUCGAUGGAUGCAAGAGCAACUUCUUCAGAUUGCUGGUACAGUUUAUUCCCAGGCAAAAAAGAGGCUGUUCUGUACAUCCAGGAAAGACAAUUACACACCACUAAGAAAAUGUCAGACUGCCCCAUCUACUGUGGAAUUUCAUUCUUCAUACUGUCAUCUUAAAAUGCCUCAUUCUUCUGCGGAUAUUGAAACCUGGCUCUGGGAAUCUUCAUGCUACAUGGACUCAGUCAUGAAACGUGCUUCUCCUAAGACAAAGGAGCAGUCAGACUUAAACUCCUAUCCUAAUUUUCUUCCAAAUUCUGAUGAAUCUGGUUUGGAAAUAGAUUUUGACUCCUCUUCAGAGACAAGUUUCCAAACUGCUCCAGAAUAUUAAUUUGGAAAUAGAUUCCACAGCUUCCAAAAUUCCAAUUUGGCAGAAAAAUUUAAAUCCUGAAGGACUAAAGUUCACUUUGUUUAUUGCCAAUAAGUCUUGGAAAAAUGUUUACAGCUUCCUGAGAAAUCUGCCUUUGGAAUUCUGCUGUUUUAUGGAUCAUUAAAACAGUGGCUCCUUUGUGGAGAGACGGACUAUGUGUCUGUCAAAGCACCAGCUCAGUAAACUAUAGUAAGGUUUGUAGUAAACAAUGUCUCUCUGGAAAUGAGAUUUUUGUUUUUUAAAUCUACUUUCAGGACAAAAAAUGUAAAUUCUGCAAACAUCUUGGUAAAGAAGCAUUGAUAACAAAAGCUUUUUAAAAACAUAAUUCCCAAUAACACGUUUCAGGAUCACUUUUAUAGCACUUAAUGAAGUUGGAUUUGUACUUCAUAAAGGGAAAUACACAUUUGUGCUUUUUAGUGGCCUCCUAUGUCUGUAUGCCUUAUGUUAAACAUACUGUUCUAUUUACGGAAUAGUUGUCUGCAUGAGAUAAUGUAGGAACAGUGUUAGUUUAGGUUAUUGUCCAUAUUGCACAGCUGGUAAUGAAUGCUCAGGUUCCUCUGUGGCUCUUUCCCUUCUUAAAUACUUCAGUGGAAAAAGUCAUGAGAACUGGGAUGCUUUCACCUGAGAUGCGAUCAGGUAGUUUCAGUGACUUCAUAGGACUUCUGUGUACUCAGUAGGAGCUUAAUACUUGACUAAGUAUUGAAAGGCAGGUAAAAUAGUGGCUGUGAUUAGUAAUUUCAGGUGUUAAACUUUAUGGCAGAUGUUAACGUACCUCGGUAUAUUGAGUGGUGGCUAAUGUUUUGGUCUUCUCUCUAAUUGCUGCACAAUCAUUCUUGAUCCAUUUAUUUCACUUCUAGCUCAGGACGUUUUUCUGCUCUUCCUUCACUUUCCUCUUGCUGCAGGCAAGUUGGGGGGAGGAAAAAAGGGUCCUUUCUGGCUCCGGAAGGCCUGACAGCCCCAGGAGAGCUUUCCAGGAACAAUUGUUGGACAAAGCAAAUCUGUAAGACUUGGUGGAAGCAGCAGUAUCCAGGGGCUGUGCAAAUAGGUCUCAAAUAAUGGGUUGAAAGUGGACUGGAUCACAUCUGUAUUGAGUGAUAAGUGUUGUAAAUGCUUCCUUCAACAAAGGUUCUGUGUAAAUGUAAUCAAGACAGUGUAUCAGUGUGUGAAUACUUCAGGAAAAGUAGUACCUGUUGAGAUUAACUACCAAUUUUGCUGUUUUAGUACCAUGUCUUGGUUGUGUUUGUUUUUUUUCCUUUUCAGUGGAAGGAAGCAGCUCUGUCUUUAGAGGUCAGGUUGCUGUGUGUUUGCAGCAGGCGUGUGAUGUUUGCAGGCUUCAUGUGUGUGGAUAUGAAUUCUGGGCAACCCAGCAGUGGCCCAGGAAGAGAUGGAGGGCUGCUCAGGGGGAGCACUGAUGUGAGGGAGGAGCAGGGCUGAGUAACAGUAUGUAAGGGGGAGAGAUGGGAGUGUUUUCUUCAGGAGUUUAAGUGUGGGUACGUAGAGGUUUUCCAAAAGCAAGUGUUUCUGCAUUGGACCAGCCUUUAAGCAGUUUUUCAGCUGCCAUUCCCCUAAGCUUGAAGUACUAAAUGGUACAGCAUGAAAAUAAUAUUUUGUUGGGGGCCAAACAGCUCCACUGUCACGUUCUUGUUACGGACAUCUGGUGCUAUUCUACUUCACCUGUUUUGUUCCUGUCUGGUGUGUAUGUAUCCUCAAAUGGAAUGUUACUGAAACCACAAUUAAAAGAUGAAAUGUC